CUGGAGCCCGGUUCUUUGGGGCUCAGCCCGUAUCGGAGGGAUACGUGGUUUUGGUUGGAGGAGAGGGUCCAGGACCCUCGGCACCUCCAUCUGACUCUUUGUUUUGGGUUUUACGUCGAAGCCGCGCGGCGCGUCUGUCUGUUAUUUGUCUGAUCGUUGGAUUUGUCUGUCUAAUUUGUGCCCUAAUUUUCUUUGAAGCUACCAUGGGACAAUCGCUAACAACCCCCUUGAGUCUCACUCUAGACCAUUGGAAGGACGUCCGAGACCGAGCACGUGAUCAGUCGGUCGAGAUCAAGAAAGGAAAAUGGCAGACCCUCUACGUCCGAGUGGCCCACUUACGAUGUGGGAUGGCCGGUGAACGGACUUUUAAUAAGACCACUAUUUUGCAGGUUAAGGACCUGAUUUUCCACCAGAAGCCGUACGGACACCCUGACCAGGUGGCCUACAUUGUCACCUGGGAGAGCUUGGCAUUUAGCCCUCCUCCUUGGGCAGAACCCUUUGUGGACCCAUUGGCUUCCUGUUUCCCUAAACCUGUUUCCCCGAGCCCACCUGACCCUUUGGUUGCUUCUUCCUCUCUCUAUCCUGCUCUAACUAAGGAAGAGUCUCCCAAAGUCCCUCCCCCGAAACCUGUCCUCCCAGAGGACCCAAAUUCCCCCCUUAUAGAUCUCCUGUUGGAAGAACCUCCUCCGUACCCUGUACCUACAGCCCCGCCCAGAGAAGAGGAAGUGGAGCCGCCUGCUAGACCGCGACACGAGGCGGCCCCUUCCCCUGUGGCUGGAAGACUGCGGGGACGACUCGAGGUGGCGCCAGACUCCACCUCCCAGGCCUUUCCGCUUAGACAAGGGGCUGGCGGCCAGAUGCAAUACUGGCCGUUCUCAGCGGCCGACAUAUAUAACUGGAAACAACACAACCCCCCCUUUUCUAAGGAUCCAGUGGCUCUCACCAACCUGAUAGAAUCUGUCUUGCUUACCCAUCAGCCCACUUGGGAUGAUAUACAGCAACUUUUACAGGCCCUCCUGACCUCUGAGGAGAAGCAGAGAGUGCUCUUAGAGGCCAGGAAACAUGUUUUGGGGGACAAUGGACGCCCCACCUUGCUCCCGGAAGAGAUCGAUGACGCAUUCCCACUUACGAGACCUGAUUGGAAUUUCACCACGGCUGAAGGUAGGAGACACCUACGCCUUUAUCGCCAGUUGCUCCUAGCAGGUCUCCGAGGGGCGGCACGACGCCCCACCAAUUUGGCUCAGGUGAAACAAGUGAUACAAGAGGCUGCGGAGACUCCCUCAGCCUUCCUAGAGAGACUUAAGGAAGCUUAUCGCAUGUAUACCCCUUAUGAUCCAGAUGAUCCAGGACAAAUGACAAAUGUCUCCAUGUCCUUCAUCUGGCAGGCAGCACCAGAUAUCAGGGCCAAGCUACAGAGACUAGAAAAUUUACAAGGGUAUACAUUGCAGGAUUUACUUAAGGAGGCAGAAAUUUAUAACAAGAGAGAGACACAAGAAGAAAAGGAAGAUAGAGUAAUGAGAGAAAAGGAUGAGAGAGAUGAAAAGAAGCAGAGAGUUGAGUCAAAUCUUGGCCGCUUCCGUGUUCAGGGUCAAGAGAAAAGGGAGAGGGUGGGAGUUCGAAAGGGGCCAAAGCUAGAUAAGGAUCAAUGUGCUUAUUGCAAAGAAAGAGGACACUGGGCCAGAGAUUGCCCUAAGAAACCCAGCGGGCUCCGAAGACCCCGCCCACAGACCUCCCUCUUGGCCCUAGAUGAAGAUUAGGGAGGUCAGGGCCAGGAGCCCCCCCCUGAGCCCAGGAUAACUCUUGAAGUUGGGGGGCAGCCAGUCACCUUUCUGGUGGACACAGGAGCCCAGCACUCAGUCCUCACCCAGGCCCCUGGACAACUCAGCGACCGGAUGGCCUGGGUACAAGGAGCCACUGGCAGCAAGAGAUACCGUUGGACUACAGAUCAACGGGUUCAGCUGGCUACUGGUAAGGUGACCCAUUCCUUCUUACAUGUUCCGCAUUGCCCAUACCCUCUGCUGGGCCGUGACUUGCUUACCAAAUUAAAAGCUCAGAUCCAUUUUGAAGAAGGAGGGACCCGAGUAACCGGGCCCCGCGGUACUCCUCUUCAGAUUUUAACCCUUCAGUUAGAAGAUGAAUAUAGAUUAUAUGAACCAGAACAGGACAAGCCAAAAUCUCCAGAAAUAGACUCUUGGGUCAAUGAAUUCCCACUGGCCUGGGCGGAGACUGGCGGGAUGGGGUUGGUGCUCCAACAGCCUCCCCUAAUUAUCCAGUUAAAGGCCACCGCGACUCCUGUCUCCAUUAAACAGUACCCCAUGUCAUGGGAAGCCUAUCAGGGCAUAAAGCCACAUAUCAGGAGGCUCUUAGACCAAGGCAUCCUAGUCCCUUGCCAGUCACCCUGGAAUACGCCUCUGCUACCUGUUAAGAAGCCCGGCACUGGAGACUAUAGGCCAGUACAAGAUUUGAGAGAGGUCAACAAAAGAGUAGAAGAUAUUCAUCCAACUGUCCCAAACCCUUAUAACCUACUCAGCACCCUGCCUCCCACCCAUACUUGGUAUACGGUCUUAGAUCUGAAGGAUGCUUUCUUCUGCCUCCGGCUGAGCCCAGAAAGCCAGCCCUUAUUUGCUUUUGAGAGGAAAGACUCUGAAAUGGGACUUUCGGGACAGUUGACUUGGACAAGGCUACCACAGGGUUUCAAAAACAGCCCAACGCUCUUUGAUGAGGCCUUACACCGGGACUUGGUUGACUUUCGAGUCCAGCACCCCACUCUUAUACUUCUUCAGUUUGUUGAUGACCUUCUUCUAGGGGCCACUUCUGAGACAGCAUGCCACCAGGGAACAGAAUCCCUCUUGCAGACUUUGGGGCGAUUGGGCUAUCGAGCUUCUGCCAGAAAGGCUCAAAUUUGCCAGACCCAGGUUACUUAUUUAGGCUAUCAACUAAGGGAUGGACAGCGAUGGCUGACUCCGGCUAGGAAACAGACCGUGGCCAACAUCCCAGCCCCAAGAAAUGGCCGACAGCUACGGGAAUUCCUAGGAACGGCAGGAUUCUGCCGCCUCUGGAUUCCUGGGUUUGCCGAGAUGGCAGCCCCCUUGUACCCUCUCACUAAACAGGGGGUGCUCUUCCAGUGGGGGGCAGAACAACAGGAGGCAUUUGAUAACAUUAAACGGGCCUUGCUGUCCUCCCCUGCCUUGGGUCUCCCAGACAUCACCAAGCCCUUUGAACUAUUUGUGGAUGAGAAGCAAGGGUAUGCUAAGGGGGUCCUAACACAAAGACUGGGACCCUGAAGCGCCUGUGCAGCCUACCUGUCUAAGAAAUUAGACCCUGUGGUCGGUUGGCCACCAUGCCUGAGAAUGGUGGCAGCCAUUGCCGUCCCCACUAAAGAUGCUGGGAAGUUGACCUUGGGGCAGCCACUCACCAUCCUGGCACCCCAUGCAGUGGAGGCUUUGAUAAAACAGCCCCUGACCGCUGGCUCUCUAAUUCCCUGCAUGACCCACUACCAAGCCUUGCUACUGGAUGCGGAACGGGUCCAGUUUGGGCCCGUGGUCGCUCUCAACCCAGCCACUCUGCUUCCUUUGCCAGAGGAGGCAGAACAGCACGACUGUCUGCAGAUCCUUGCAGAAGUACAUGGAACCAGACCAGACCUAUCGGACCGACCUCUCCAGGAUGCUGACCAUACGUGGUACACCGAUGGUAGCAGCUACUUGCUGAAUGGGGAACGGAAAGCUGGAGCCGCGGUCACUACGGAGGACAAAGUGAUCUGGGCAAGCGCCUUGCCUGUUGGUACCUCCGCACAGCGGGCUGAACUCAUUGCCUUAACCCAGGCGCUCAAAAUGGCAGAAGGUAAGAGGCUGAAUGUAUAUACAGACAGCCGCUAUGCCUUUGCUACAGCACACAUCCAUGGAGAGAUCUACCGGAGAAGAGGGCUGCUCACAUCUGAGGGUAAGGACAUUAAGAACAAGACUGAAAUUCUGGCCCUCCUGGCAGCUCUGUUCCUACCAAAAAGACUGAGCAUUAUACAUUGCCCAGGGCAUCAGAAGGGACACAGCCCCGAGGCACGGGGAAAUCAGCUAGCUGACGUCUCAGCGCGUGAGGCCGCCAUGGGCACCCAAGUUCUGUCCUUAAAAGACCAAGAUCAACCCACGUCUCCACAGCCGGAACAGACCGGUUGGCUCUACACCACGGAGGACACAAAGCUCCUACAGAAAAUGGGGGCCGUUUGGUACCCACAGCUAAAACGGUGGGUCUACACAGGGAAAACAGUUAUGCCUAUGAAGAUGACCUUUGAAUUAAUCUCCUACCUACAUAAAUUAACACACCUGGGACUCAAGAAGAUGAAGACCCUCUUAAGAUGAGAAGGGAUUGACACCUACCUCCUGGGACGAGAUCAGGCCUUGCGGGAGGUGACUGAAAGCUGCAGGGCCUGUGCUCAGGUAAACCCAGGAAAAGCUAAAAUUGGACAAGGAGUCCGUCCCCGAGGACAUCGGCCUGGUACCCACUGGGAAAUUGACUUCACUGAAAUCAAGCCUGGUAUGUACGGACACAAAUACCUCUUAGUGUUCAUAGAUACCUUCUCCGGAUGGGUAGAGGCUUUCCCCACGAAACAUGAAACGGCCAAGGUGGUGACCAAGAAGCUCCUCGAAGAAAUCUUCCCCAGGUAUGGAAUGCCCCAAGUAUUGGGGUCAGAUAACGGGCCCGCUUUCGUCUCCCAGCACAUCUUCAGGCCCUACAAAUCGUGCAGAGAGACAUCUGGAAACCUCUAGCCGCGGCCUACCAAGACAGGCUUGAACAACCGACGGUGCCGCACCCGUUCCAGAUCGGAGACACCGUGUGGGUGCGCAGACAUCAGACCAAGAAUCUCGAGCCUCGGUGGAAAGGACCCUAUACAGUUCUCCUGACUACCCCGACAGCCUUGAAGGUAGACGGAAUUGCGGCUUGGAUCCACGCGUCUCACGCCAAGGCAGCCCGACCUGAGGAAACGGCAGAUCACAACAUCGCGCCCCAGACAUGGAAGGCUCAACGCACUCAAAACCCCCUAAAGCUAAGAUUUUCACGUUGUUGCUCUUAACUGUCUUAUGGACUAGGGGUGGGGCGAGUCUGGGGGCUAGCCCCCACCAGGUAUAUAAUAUGUCCUGGAUAAUAACUAAUUUAGAGACGGGCUGGUCUCAAGUCCUAGCUAAUGGUAAGCAUGCUGAAGGAACCUGGUGGCCCCCUUUGACUUUCGACCUUUGUC